CGUCCAAUUGCAUGCUUCAUCGGUAUCGUCGCCGUCGUCCACACUACCAUCAUUUCCGGGAUCGUUGUCAAAUCUGGAGAAUGUUUCGGGUACAAACAGCCGAAGGAAGCACAGGCAGAAACCUCGCAGCCAAUGUCUCCCGUGUCGCCGGUAUCCCCAGUUUCACCCGCGCGGACAAUCAAAGGAGAAGGUCAGAGAAUGGAUUUAGACUGGGGGAGAUCUAAUGCGGGAGAGUCCUCCGUCGACGUAUCUGCUAUACCUGGCGGUCCCUCCGUCCCUCUCGCUCUUGAUUCUUCUAUGGUCAUAUCCCCUUCCAUGGACCUGUCUACUCCACACCACUCAUUUGCCUAUAGUGAUUCCUUGGCUCGUCCCCUCGUGGUUCGGGGCGGGCCAGACUCUGCAGGUGUGAGACGAGAAUGGGUCAUACGGAAGGAAGUUCACUCGAAUCAGGGUGGAGACGGGAAGCCAGAGAUUGUUAAAACAGGGAAGGAUGGUGGUAUUCAAAGCGAACAGACGAAAGACAAGGACAAAGCUGAUGCUUUAACUGGGAUGUCAAUCGGCACUGAUGAAGUAUGGGAGAAUUUUUUAUUGGGUAAAUUCCAUGUCGUGAGAGACGACAUGUCUCCUAGAAUUGGGAAAGUCAAUUCCGUUGAUGCCAACGGCAAUGUUAAAUUUGUCAACGGUGGUGGUGAUAAAGCUACGGAGGGGAAUGUGUUAGGAUUCCGUGUCCCCCUUGGAAAACCACCGCAGCAGAGGCUCAUCAUCAAGCAUUUACGGGAAGACAAUAAAUCUCAAGUGGGACAUCCCGUUGCCAUCGGUACUGCAAAACAACCUCAUGCAUCCCUGUCUGACAUUAAUGGCUCGUUACAUGUAGAUCCAUCGAAGCGUCAAACCAAGCUCCCAGAUCUUACCGUAUCGGAGAACCCCCCUUCAUUAUCAGUCUCUUAUCAGGCACUUCACAGUCAACAUGCCGCCGGAUCCUCCCAUUCCUCUACAUCCAACACGAACUCUGCCACUAUUGCUACUUCCAAUCUUCAAUCACUUCGACAUGAUUCCCACUAUCCAUCUAUCUUGGUGCACAAACACUCGAAGGUUGCUGCAUUUUCAAUCAACCGACAAUAUCGAGCGGCGUCGAAGGAGUCGAAAGAAUCGUCCUCCGGGCGCAUGCGUGUUGUAAUGCUUGCACCACGAGAUAUUCAGGAGGCAUUCACCAAUACUGCGACGACCAAAAAGCUGGGUACGGUCAUAGACCGCCAUGAGGCGGCACGGGUGGCAUUUUCACCUGGGCAUGAUCAAACCGUAACAGACAAGAAGGGAAAGACCAAAAUGAAGAAGCACAGUAGCAUCUAUAUCUCCUCAUUUAAAGGAAAACAUCGUCCAAGUGACGGCGCCCCCCAAGUGAAGUCUGAGGGUCAGAUUGUGCUUGACCAUCUUGACAUAGAGGACCAAUAUCUUAGGCAGAGUACCUCGAAGCCUUCAGCGUUGGCUAAGAAUACCGGCUCUGUGCGAGAUAAGGUUGGCACGCAGUCCGCACCAACUUAUGAUAGGUCAUAUGAAUUGAUAACACCCAGAGUUGGGUAUGAUGGUGUUAAUCUCGGGAAUAAAGAACACGAAGAGUUCAGCCUUUCUGAUCAAGGCGUUAACGAAGGAGGUUGGCAUAUAAGAACCCGGACUCAACACGAACCGCAGUCUCGAGAAAACUACAAACGUACAUAUGGGACUCUCGCGCACCCUCCCCACUCUUUCGGCAAUUUCUCUUCAGUUUCACCGGCGUCAUCGAGGCCGUCGAGAAUCCUCAAACGGUUAAUACCUUGGGAUUUAUCUUCGCCGUCAGUGUCAACUGCUGUACAUGGCUCUAGCUCGAAAGCCACUUCCAGCACAGGGAACACUUCAACAAUGACUCGCUCUGUCAGUACGCGGGAUACUACGCCGACGCAAUCCGCGGGCUCAGACAUUUCAAUUCCGUACGACCCUCCUUGGGUAACUUUUGCCUCCAGAGAACAACAAGAAAUUCAACGGAACGUACUUGGUCGACUAGAGUAUUCAUUUGAGCACGUCGGACUCCUACCGCCUAAGGAUAAAGAUGUGGACCGGGAAAGGUCAAGAACAAAGAAUACCGUGAAGGAAGGCCUGCAUGAACUGAACGCAGGAAGUAUUAUACCGAAACUGCACAAAAAGAACGAUAUACUAUCCCCUGUUCCUGCAGAUGCAUUCUUCAUGCUGCUACCGCUUUGGCCAGCAGAUACGGACAUACAUUCUCAGCGUUUGUCUCCGUUUGAUAUACCUUCUAUCCCUGCAGAGAGUCGGAAAUAUCUACUGAUUUUUUACAAGUCAUUGCAAGUCGAGCAAUCUUCAAAGGGUUCAUCUAUAUAUGAUUCUAGGCUGAAGAUUCUUCUUCCUGGUUUCCGUGCUAUUGCCCGGCAGGUCUCUCACCAAGAGCUGCAAGGCACAGGCAUACGAAUUCCUGAACAAGGUAUUUCUGUGAACGGUCCGUUAGAGGAUGCAUUCACGCAGAUGCCUGGCUUGAGCGAUACUGGCUCUGGAUCAGGUCUUGGUACAUCCCCUUCUGUUCCUGUCUCUGAUUCUCAACUGUGUGUGAUUGCAUCUUGCUACUCCCGUGAUGUAGGACUGGAAUUUGACCCCGAAGCCUUGAUAGAAUUGGGUUUAUGCAGGAUCUUAGGCAGCAAGGGGGACACCAAUACAGAUGGGAAGAGUUCGCUUCCUGCACGGAUGGAUGGAGAACAAUUUGAUGCGGAGCGAUCGAUGACAGUCAAAUUGACACCAAUCGGUAAUGCGGUCAUGGAAAUGGUAUGGGUUGGGGGGUUAGCAUUGACCAGUUUUGGCGGUUAAUUUCUUCAGGAUAAUUCUUCCUUGCUCGCGCUGUCUACGUAUAUACGUACUUCAAAUCCAUUGUUCAACGUACAUAGACUGGUAAUACGUUGUCACUUAAGAUUACAUUCAAUUACUAUCCAGAAUUCCUGUACAUUCUCGUUAGACAGAAUCACGAAUUGUAUCAUCGUAUUCUUCGGGUAUUCUUUAAAAAUAUUUCUUUUGCA